AUGGAAAAGGUGGCGCUGUAUCCGAUGGAUGUUACCGAAAUUUUUGACGAAAACAUCUCUGGUUUGAUUCAUAAUAUAUGUUCCAGUAGCCAGAUGCCACCUGAAUAUCUCGUAACUAUGUUAUUACCUGCCAUAGGUCAUUUUGCCAAUGGUAGCCAAGUUCGAACGAAUACUGGAAUACCAACAAAUAUUUCGUUUUUUACUACCAUUAUUGGAUAUCCAAGUGUUAAUAAGUCAGGUGCUGUUAGCGUCAACUGGUGA